AAUUGAACACCAAAAAGUGGUAUUUUUUAAUCAAAGUAUAGAUAAUAGUAGUUCAAGUCCAAACACACAACCAAAUAGAAAUGUAGGUACAAGCGUACAAGUACAGUAUGGUUCCUCUUUAUGUCCGAAAUGAUGCAAAUCUCAUGGAACCUCAAGAAUUUCCGCCAAAUUUUGAGAGCAUGUAUAGAGCAAAGCGACCUGACAACCGGCAAAUGCUUGCACACACUUUAUGUCAAGUCUCUUGUCCCACGGAUUACGUAUAUUUCCAAUCAUUUCAUUCUCCUCUACUCCAAAUCCGGCCGUCUCCCCGCCGCCCGGAAGGCCUUCGACGCCACCCCGGACCCCAAUGUCUUCUCCUUCAACGUCAUGAUUGCUGCCUAUGCCAGAGAAUCGUUGCCCCAUUUUGCGCAGCAAUUGUUUGAUGAAAUUCCGGAACCGGAUCUCAUCUCCUACAACACCCUCAUUUCUGCCUAUGCUGAAUGCGGUAAUGUUUCACAAGCGCUGAAACUCUUUUUGAGUAUGCGAGAAUCUGGUUUGGCAAUGGAUGGGUUCACCUUCUCUGCGGCCAUUACCGCGUCCGGUGAAGUCAUUGGAUUGGUGAAGCAGUUGCAUAGUAGGGUUGUUUCGGGUGGGUUUCAUAGUUAUACUUCAGUUAAUAAUGCUUUGAUCUCCGGGUAUAGUAAAAACGGGUUCUUUCACGGGGCUGAAAGGGUGUUCCGCGAGAUGGGUGAGGUUAAAGACGAGGUGUCCUGGAACUCGAUGAUUGUGGCAUACGGACAGCAGAGAGAAGGGUUGAAAGCGCUGGAAUUGUAUCAAGAAAUGGUCCGUCGGGAGUUGUAUGUGGACAUGUUUACAUUGGCUAGUGUCUUAAGUGCGUAUACUAGCAUGGAGGAUUUGCUUGGUGGGAUGCAAUUUCAUGGUCAGAUGGUCAAGAUGGGGUUUCAUAGAAAUGCGCACGUUGGGAGUGGUUUGAUUGAUUUAUAUUCAAAAUGUGGUGGUCACAUGUUAGACAGCAGAAAGGUGUUUCAGGAUAUUCCUCAUCCUGAUUUGGUUCUUUGGAAUACAAUGAUUUCUGGAUAUUCCCUGCAUGACGAGUUCUCAGAAGAGGCUCUCAGUUGCUUCAAGGAGAUGCAGCAAGCUGGAAACCUCCCUGAUGACUGUAGCUUCGUUUGUGUACUUUGUGCUUGCGCUAAAAUGUCAUCUCCUUCCCAAGGGAAACAAAUACACUCAUUGGUCAUCAAAUCUGAUAUCCCGUCAAACAGAGUUUCAAUAAACAAUGCCCUGGUUGCAAUGUAUUCCAAGUGUGGGAAUUUGGAGGAUGCAAGGAGGCUAUUUGAUAGGAUGCCAGAGCAUAAUAACGUGUCACUAAAUUCCAUGAUUGCAGGCUAUGCUCAGCAUGGUCUUGGGGUCCAAGCAUUACUAAUUUUUGAACGAAUGCUUGAGAAAAAUAUUGCUCCUACAAGUAUAACCUUUGUAUCGGUUCUUUCUGCCUGUGCUCAUACUGGGAGAGUUGAGGAUGGACACAGGUACUUCCGUCUAAUGACGGAAAAGUUUAAGAUAGAACCGGAGGCGGAACACUAUACAUGCAUGAUUGACCUUCUGGGCCGAGCGGGAAAACUAGACGAGGCGGAGAAGCUUAUUAAGACAAUGCCAUAUGAUCCUAGCAUCAUGGGUUGGGCAUCUUUACUUAGGGCCUCCAGAACUCAUGGUAACAUGGAGCUGGCGGAGAAGGCUGCCAGCCAGUGUCUUCAGCUGGACCCUUCAAAUGCAUCCCCAUAUGUUACGCUCGCACACAUGUAUGCCAGAGCCAACAGAUGGGAAGAAGUGGCGAGGAUCAAAAGAUACAUGAGAGACAAAGGGGUGAAGAGAAGGCCAGGUUGCAGUUGGAUUGAGGUGGACAAGAGGAUUCAUGUAUUUGUCGCAGAAGAUAAAUCGCAUCCGAUGAUAGAGAAGAUUUACAAGUUCUGGGAAGAGAUGUCAAAGAAAAUCAAGCUAGCUGGCUACGUGCCUGACGUGAGAUGGGUUUCAGCUAGAGAUGAUGGAUUAAGGGAAGACGAAAAGGAGACGAUUGUGAGGCAUCACAGUGAGAAACUGGCCAUCGCAUUUGGGCUAUUAUCAACCAAACUCAAUGUUCCUUUACUGGUGAUGAAGAACUUGAGAAUAUGCGGGGACUGUCAUAAUGCUAUUAAAAUAGUAUCUUCUAUCACUAGAAGGGAAAUCACUGUUAGAGAUUGCCAUAGAUUUCACCUCUUUAAAGAUGGUCAAUGCUCCUGUGGGAAUUUCUGGUGAGUCAAGUUUUCUUCUUCCCGUCAUAUUAUAAAGAAAAACCAAGCGACGCCGAAGAUGAAGAGAAAUUUGAAGUUAGUAACGUGGUUGCCAGUCUUUUCUGCUUCCGGAAUUUGCAUAUAAUCUAUUGCUGUCGGGUCUGUAAUGUAGCUGGAAAUCCAAGCUGGGGAUGAAUUUAUCUACCCCAACAAACACUGAGCCAUCGAAGCAUUUUACAUUUUCUUGUUUCACUUAACGAACCUGAAAAAUAUUAUUAUAGCAGAUUAAAAGAAGUGCUGGUUCCAGUAUACUGUGGAAAGUGGAUGGCAACCAUCAAAACCUUACUAUGAAGCUGCACCAACAUUUUCCCUG